ACAUGUGCAGCGUCCGUGUCACGUGUAAGAAGCUGCAGAGACGGAGAGCUCGGGAUAAAUGCGGUGAGUGAUCGACAGGACCGAGAGCCAAUCAGCUGAGGAAUUUUGGGUAGCAACAAAAUAAAUACAAACCCGACGGCCAAUCACAAACGGCGGGAGGCGUUGCUUACAGUCCGCUUUUCUGACUGUUUACUUCCGUCAAUAUUCAAAGAAAAGCAGAAAAUUAUCACCAUAACAAAGGACUCGCUAUCUCUGGAGCAGGUGGAAGAACAUGCCGUUCUUGGGCCAAGAUUGGAGAUCACCAGGCUGGAGCUGGAUCAAAACUGAGGACGGCUGGAAACGCUUUGAAUAUUUGAACCACAAACUGGGAGACAAUAUCAAUGAACUUACCUUGGAAGAAUUGGACAAUGACAAGGAGAACAUCUACGUGGGAGAUGUCUGUGAAGUAGCUGCCAAGAAGAGAAAAAAGGACUUCUUCAACAACAACACUAAGUCACAGUUUUUUUUCCAGGAGAGGUGGAUCUACGUUCAGAAGGAGAGUACGCGAGAGAGGCAUGGGUACUGUACGCUUGGCGAGGCCUUCAAUCGUCUGGAUUUUUCCAGCGCCAUUCAGGAUGUGCGGCGAUUCAACUAUGUGAUCAAACUUCUGCAGUUGAUUGCCAAGUCCCAGCUGACGUCUUUGAGUGGAGCUGCUCAGAAAAACUAUUUCAAUGUCCUGGAGAAGAUUGUGAGAAAAGUUCUGGAUGACCAUCAUAACCCACGUCUGAUCAAGGCGUUGCUGAAUGAUCUAAGCUCCACUCUCUGCAUCCUCAUCCGAGAAGUUGGGAAGUGUGUGCUGAUUGGCAACAUCAACAUUUGGGUCUGCCGUUUAGAAACCAUCUUAAACUGGCAACAGCAGCUCAACAAUUUGCAAAUUCCAAAGCAAGUUUCAAAUGGCAUGACACUGAGCGACCUUCCUUUGCACAUGCAAAACAACAUCCUGUUCAAGUUUAGUGAUGCCUGUGACAUCAUCAGUCUGGGACAAACCACACCAACACUGCACAUGCUCAGUGAGGACCAGCAACUGUGGAAGAAACUGUGCCAGUUUCAUUUCGCCGAGAAACAGUUCUGCAGGCACUUGAUUCUGUCAGAGAAGGGCCAUGUGGACUGGAAGCUGAUGUUUUUCACACUUCAGAAAUACUACCCUGUGAAAGAACAGUACGGAGACACUCUGCAGUUCUGCAGGCACUGUAGCAUCCUCUUCUGGAAUGACAGACACCUGGCUUUAAUCUUUAAGGACUCGGGACAUCCUUGCACAGCAAAUGAUCCGGACAGCUGCCUCACCCCUGUCUCUCCCCAGCACUUCAUAGACCUCUUCAAGUUCUGAAAUUCAGAAUGUUCUUGGACCUCUCGCCUUCCAAUCUCCUUUGGAACACCUGCAAACAAAGACCUCUAACACUGAUAAAACAUUUUCACCUUUUCAGCUCUGUGCUCCAAACCAUGUCCGUCCUUCUCCUCUUUUACGUUUCCCAGACAGUCGUUCUGUGAUUAAAAUGUUCAAACUUCCGACAAUGUAACUAAUGACUGAAUUUUCUGUUGCCUCACCCAAACUUUAAGGGCUUAUGGAAAGAUGUCAUAAUAAUGUUGCUUACAUAUUUGUCCACUUUUUUUUUUCCUCGUUGUGUUCUCAGACAA